CAGCAGCUGACUCACCAGAAAUCAUUACAGACUGUGGAGUGCUAGCCGAGAGAUACAAGCAGAACCUCAGAUAAUCAAGGUAUUGCAGUGAAGAUCGAUGGAAUUUUAUGGGAGACCUGAGGAUGAACAUCCUAACCGAGCAAACUAUAGAGGUGGAGGAGGAAGAGGAGGAGGAAGAGGAGGAGGAAGAGGAGGAGGAAGAGGAGGUCGAGGUGGACAUAAUAAUGGUCAGUUAAGAAACCAGAACCCACAGCAUAGGAAUCAAGGCAGGCAACAAAAUGAGGAGGCUGGUGAAAGGGAGCAACAGAGGGCUGGAGGUAGAAACCACCAAAGGGUUGGUGAACAGCAAGUUAACAACAGGCAAAGAGGAAAUUACAACCAGGAAGGGGAACAGAAUCGCAGGGGUCCUCCACAGAGACCUUUUCAUGAAAGAACUGCAAGAAAUGAGCAUCAGGUUAGAUGUUUGGGCUUCAAGGCCUUAGAAGCAUUACUUGAAAAGGAUCCCUCGGAGGUUGCAAUAACACUGGCUUCACAUUCUGGACUUAACGAUCUGCUGUCAGGAACACGCAUGAAAGCAGAAUUUGCUGAAUUGUUCAUCUCUGUGCUUUGUAGAGCCUGCACUUCUAGACUAGACCGGCAGAGUAUACAGCAUCUUCUGGGACAAGUCAAGUCCUCAUCCUUUUUGCGUACAUAUCUACCACACUAUGUAGUGGGAAUGACAACAGAAACUUUUCCUGAGCGACGCCACCGUUACCCAAAUCAUAUCUCCAACAUACUGCGAAUACUACAAGAAUUGAUUAGUAUUUUUCCUGCAAGCUCCGUUCAGGAAACAUCAUUGCUGAUCACUCUCCUUCCUGUCUCCAUCAAUGCUCUUCGUGUGUCUGGUGUGGAUGUAGGAGAGCAGAUAGAGGAGAGCCUGAGAAGAAUACAACAUUUGAUAGAGCACCUUCAGAAUAGGCGGAGGGAAGGGACUCUGAGAGUGGACACUCACAUCUGUCUUGAUCCAGAUGCUCCUAUUGAGGACUAUAGGACAAUAAGCAUAUACCCAAGCCAUGAUGAAAUUCACAAAGGUGAGAAACCACUCCUCAGGCCAAAUAGGCUGAAUCACAAAUUUGAUACCACUGGCAUCUAUCUGGACACACAUUUCCGACUUCUGAGAGAGGACUUUGUACGACCACUAAGGGACGGGAUCCAAGAGAUUCUUGAGUAUGAUGGAGAUCGUGCCUUUCAUAAAAGGCGGUUUGAUGACAUCCGCAUUUACUUGAACACACGUGUAAUAACUCCAUUAUGUACAUCCUCUGGCAUUGUUUACAAAGUACAGUUUGACAUUGCUCCCCUAAAAAUGGUGCGCUGGCAGAACUCCAAGAGGCUGCUUUAUGGGUCUCUGGUGUGCCUGUCCAAGGACAAUUUUGAUUCCUUCCUGUUUGCCACAGUUUCUAAUCGUGAUGUAAAGGAACUUGAGCAGGGUGAAGUUCAAUUGCAAUUCAGUGAACAAAGCAGAGAGCUUCUAUCAAGAAGUGGCCCAGCUGACUCCUUCCUCAUGGUAGAAACCACAGCAUAUUUUGAAGCCUAUAGGCAUGUCCUUGAAGGAUUACAGGAGAUGACUGACCAGGACGUGCCUUUCCAGAAGUACAUUGUAGAAUGUCAGAAUGAACUGGGACCACCUCGGUAUCUGAACAUGGGAAUUCCAUAUGACUUCACUUGCUUAAAAGAGGAUAAGGACAGUAUUGUGACCUCUAUCAAAGAAACCAUCAAUGUUCUCGAUCCUCAGGACUGGCCACUUAAGGAGGAUUUGGGGUUUGAUGAGUCUCAGAUGGAAGCCAUGCAAUUGGCUCUCACCAAGGAACUUGCCAUCAUCCAGGGGCCUCCAGGCACAGGGAAGACCUAUGUUGGGCUUAAAAUCGCAGAGGCUUUGAUCACUAACUCUAAAGUGUGGCAGAUGGAGAGACGAUCAUACCCAGUCCUUGUGGUCUGCUACACGAAUCACGCUCUGGACCAGUUUUUGGAAGGAAUUCAUAAGUUUCUAAAGAAAGGGAUUGUCCGUGUCGGUGGCAGGAGCAAUAGUGAGAUUCUAAAACAGUUCACGAUCAGAGAACUGAGGGGAUGUCGUAGCCUCCGCAGUAGCCUACCCGCUCACUUGCGCAGAGCAUAUGCAGAUAUCAGUAAUAACAUGAAGUUAUCAAUGCAAAAGCUCGAUGAGGGAGCUAUGCUCCUGCAGUGUACCAUGUCAGGGGUAAUACAUGAAACAUAUCUGGAGAAAUACAUAGAAGAGGAACACUGGGACAGUCUGCACAACAUCCCGAAAGAUGAAGAUGAUUUUGUUUACCCGGGUGGACGUGGGAGACACUCGAUGAUUGCAGAGUGGCUUGGCUUGGGUGUCACCCCAUUCAUCCGAACUGCAGAAGAUCCAGGGGCAGGUCUAGCACAGGAGCCUCAAGAGGAGGCUGAAGAAUCAGAAGAGGAAGAAGAACUGAUACAGAUUCCUGAGGAGGCUGAACUGCUACAGGAUGAACGAAUGCUUGACAUCGAUGAGGAGGCAAGAAAGCCCAGAAGGAAGAAAGAGAAAAUUGAAGACAAAGAACUUGCUCAGCUCCUGUUUGCUGUUUCUUUGGAAAGCAAGGAACCAAAACAAGAGCAGGAAGACGGAGAGUGGCAGAAUACACGGAAACAGAAGAAGAAGACUAAGCAGAAGGUGAAGACAGAGCUACGGAAGUUGGAAGCCUGGACUGACCAAGAGGUUAAGCAGAUAAAAAAUGUGUGGAGUCUAGAUAUCAACUCACGCUGGAAGCUGUACAGACACUGGGUACAACUUUACCAGAUUGAUAUCCGCCAGAAAAUCUUAGCUAGUGAGCAACAAUAUCAGGAAUCUGCGGAUCGUCUGGCAGAACUGAGGUUACAAGAAGAUCUCCAUAUUCUUCGAAGUGCCCAAGUCAUAGGCAUGACAACCACAGGGGCUGCUAAAUAUCGCCGUAUCCUGCAGGAAGUGGAACCGCGCAUUGUUAUUGUAGAAGAGGCGGCAGAAGUCCUGGAAGCACACACCAUAACCACACUUAGUGCAGCCUGCCAACAUCUUAUUCUUAUUGGAGACCACCAACAGCUGAGGCCAAGUGCCAAUGUUUAUGAUUUGGCAAAGAAUUUUAACCUUGAGGUAUCACUGUUUGAGCGUCUCAUCAACUCUGGUCUUCCAUUUGUUCGUCUAAACUACCAGCAUCGUAUGCGGCCUGAAAUUGCCCGACUUCUAACCCCUCACAUCUACCGGGAGUUAGAAAAUCAUUCGUCAGUGCUGAAUUAUGAAAACAUUAAGGGAGUGUCUUCCAAUAUUUUCUUUGUGGAUCACAACUACCUAGAACAAGAAAUCCAAGAUGGUAGGAGCCAUCAGAACAUGCAUGAAGCACAAUUCAUUGUAGAACUCUGCAAGUACUUCCUUUGUCAAGAUUAUAAACCAUCCCAGAUUACUAUCCUCACCACUUAUACUGGGCAACUUUUCUGCUUCCGCAAGCUGAUGCCAAGCAAGACUUUCUCUGGGGUUAAAGUACACGUGGUGGACAAGUAUCAAGGUGAAGAGAAUGACAUAAUUCUUCUCUCACUGGUACGAAGCAAUAAAGAGGGCAGAGCGGGUUUUCUCAAGAUCUCCAACAGGAUCUGUGUCGCAUUGUCCAGGGCCAAGAAGGGGUUGUACGUUAUCGGCAACAUGAGUAUGCUAGGAAAAGAAACUCUUUGGAGCCAGAUAAUUCUUACCCUAAAGCAGAAUGGUCAAGUGGGCAAUCACCUUAUGCUCUGCUGCCAGAACCACACUGACACACGCACCCUUGUGAGCAAAGCAGAAGAUUUUAAACAGGUUCCAGAAGGAGGCUGCAGCAAAAAAUGUGAAUUUAGACUGAACUGUGGGCAUGUUUGUACUCGUGUCUGUCACCCUUAUGACCCUGAACAUAAGGAGUAUGAGUGCACAAAACCAUGUCCAAAAACACUUUGUGGAGAUGGACACCGUUGCCAAAGGAAAUGCUUUGAACCCUGUGGGCAGUGCAUGGAGAAGGUGGAGAAGCUAAUGCCAGUGUGUGGUCACACUCAAAUUGUUCAGUGUAGUAUCCCUGCAAAGUCAUUCAGGUGUCUUGUUCCAUGCAACAAGUUCUUGCAAUGUGGUCAUCCAUGUGAAAAGCAGUGUGGUGACGAAUGUGAAGAGCGUUGUUGUGCUGAGGUCAGUGCGACGUUAAAAUGUGGGCACAUCCAAAAGAUUGAGUGCUGGAAAAAACGUGAUGUAGAGUUUGGAAUGCCUAUGAAAUGCAAUAAACCUUGCAGUUUCCAGUUAGACUGUGGGCACAAGUGCCCAGGUACAUGUGACACAUGCUUUCAGGGACGCUUCCAUCAAAGAUGUCGUCAUCCCUGCAAGCGUGUUCUUAUUUGUUCACAUGAAUGCAAGGAGCCGUGCACAAAUGCAUGCCCGCCAUGUACGAGGCAGUGCCAGAACCGAUGCAUCCACAGCAAGUGCCAAAAGAAGUGUGGGGCACGCUGUGCUCCAUGCAUGGAACCAUGUGACUGGAGGUGCCAGCACUUUGCCUGUGACAAACUGUGCUCUGAACCUUGCAGCAGACCACCAUGCGAUAAACCCUGCACUAAAAAGCUCAAGUGUGGCCACACCUGCAUCGGUCUAUGUGGUGAACCAUGUCCUAAAAAAUGUCGUGAAUGCCACAAAAAGGAAGUUACUGAGAUUUUCUUUGGGUUUGAAGAUGAUAAAAAUGCUCUUUUUGUGGAACUAGAAGAUUGCCAUCACAUUUUUGAAGUCACAGGCUUGGAUCAAUAUAUGAAUAUGAACACUGAUUCUAAUGAUGGAAAUGCAAUCAAACUCAAAGUAUGUCCAAAGUGUCAGACCCCAAUCAGGAAAAACUUGAGAUAUGGCACUAUUAUUAACAGGACUUUGGGUGAAAUCGAAAGAGUCAAGGAGAGGAUGCUGGGCUCAGUAGAAGAAAUGUGUUUAACUCAGAGUCGACUCCAAGUUAAAUUACAGCAGAUGACUGAAGUAAGGAGAAAUUUAUCCAUGGAAUACAUCAACUUAAAGGAGUCAUUAGACAGUUCAGAUUUAUGUCCUAGGACACUGUCUACACUGGAAAAUAAGAUGUUGUUCUACGAGAAGUUGGCUAAACAUUUCAGUAAAAUAAAAGAUGUGGAGGAUAUUGAGAAAAUUGCUCUGAAGAAUCACUUGCUUGAGAUUAAGGGCUGGGUGGAGAAAACUCGCCUUUUUUUCACAAAACAAGAGCUUGCCGACUUACAAAAUGAAAUGCAGCGUUUUAGCUAUCUCUUGCAACUCCUAAUAAAAUGUAAGUCAGGUUUAGGGAAAGGCAAUUCUGAUGCAAAAAAGGAAGUAAACGCAUUGAGAGAAAUCCUGGAAGGAAGAAAGAGGUUUACUGAGGAGGAUAAAAAUGUUGUGAAACAAAAACUGAAGGAGAUCUUCUCACGUCAUGGCUUAGGGAUAUCUGAAGAUGAGCGUGUAAUGAUUGUAGCAGCUAUGGGUCUACAGGCAGGUCACUGGUUUAAGUGUCCCAACAACCAUAUCUAUGUUAUUACAGAAUGUGGAGGGGCAAUGGAGAGAUCCAAGUGUCCAGAAUGUAGGGCACCAAUUGGUGGAGAGAAUCACAGACUUGAAGCAACCAACGCUCUGGCCCCAGAAAUGGAUGGCGCGCGGCAUGCCGCCUGGUCCACUGUUGCAAAUGACAUGUUAAAUUUUGAAGAAUUAAGGGGCCUUGGAGACCUUUAAUAGCACUUAACUUACAAAGCCACAGAGACAUCUAGUGGUCAUAAUAUUACCAUGAAAAUGUAAUUAUGUAAUGUAUAAUUU